UUGCUCCGCGAAACCGUAGCUCUCGUUUGAGCACCACAGCGUGGCACGCCGAGCAUUCCACCCCGAGAUACAGCCGAGGAAGCCCCCACCGCUCCCGCUACUAGCCACCUUAGUCGUUUCCUUGGGAUUUUUGCUAAGCAUGACCCGGCGCAAGGUGGACGAGGAGCAGGUUCGGAAGGCCUGUGUAGCGAUAGAUGAUGGAAUGUCGGUUAGGAAGGCUGCUGGGGUCUUUGGGGUAGGUCGUACGUCCAUCGAAGACCGCCGCCGUGGCAAGGUGGCCAUGAACGCGAAGGUUGGUGCCGAGACCAUCCUGAGCAAAGAAGAGGAGGAUUCGCUGGAAGAUAUUCUGCUGUUUGCUGCUCGCAACUUCUUGGCUGUGGGUCGGGUUCACCUCAGAGAUGCGGUGCGACGACUCUGCAACGACGGUCGGCGGAUCCCUUGGGAUCCAGAGAAGGGUCCGGGGAAAGAUUGGCUUGCGGGCUUCCGUCGUAGGCACCCACGGGUCG